CAUCAUUCCAUUACCUCUCAUCCUAUACCUCAUAAGAUAGUAAAUAGUCAAGCACCAACUCUGCCGAUGAUCUAGCCUAUUCGAUCAAUCACGGCGUCACAAGAGCCGUCAGACAGAACAAGGGCUAGUCGUCUCGACGAUCAUGGCCACCAAGAAAAAGGCUACCGCUGUGUCUGGCGGUACGGCCAGAAACGACAGAGCGAUUGUCGGACAGGCUGAUGAGGCUCGUAGCUCGAGAUCUCUUGCUAUCAGCUGCUUUUUGACAAUCCUUACCGUCUCGUCAGCGAUUCACAUCAUUCCUGAUCUCCUUCACCCCCUCUUCGGCUCCAUCCCCGUCAACCUGCACUUGGACCACGUAGUAUGGUCUCUGUUCUUCCUGCAAGUUCUUCUACACGGAAGCCUCCCUGCCUCAAGAACAAAGCUGGAUAUCGAUAUGAACCUCGCUCUGGUGCUGCUUGGAAUCGAUUUGAUGGUCGCCGUCAGGGCUUAUAAUAAAGUAUCCAGGACAGCGGGGAACCUAGGAGAUUCAGUAGGGGGUGCGGUAGGGACUUUGAUCGUCCUCUUAGGACCGGUCAUCGUACUGGGAACAGGAACGUUUGUGCAUAACGCCGAGCUCCUUUACCGUGGAUACGUCCAGGUACAAGGAGAUAGCGAGACUAGGCUGACCAGACCUGUUCUAGUAUCCUUGUUUACGGGUCUGGUUAAGCUGGGUCUCAUCGGCUUGAAGGGCGGCGUGGGACAGCAGGUUGUGGCAACUCUGCAAGGGAUGAUGAGGCCCGAGUUACAACAUCCUAUCACUGCGGUCGAAAGGUUCCUUCAACUCCUCCUCCUUGCCCUCCUCGCUGUAGUCACCAUAUCACUCGUCCGCCCAACCCCUUUCCCUUAUACCAUCAGCCUCCCACCUACGCCGGCUCCUCCCGGCGCACCCGCCGAUAGACCCGCGCCGGCGAUCAAGAUCUUGAACUCGACAAGGAGCCUGACGGGACAGAUUGUCGUCGGGGAGAACGUCGAGUAUGGAUUUAGGUUCUUGAGGUGCGAUCACAGUCUAUUGGGGGGACGCUGGGUUAGGAAAGACAAGGAUGGACAGGACGAGUUUGGGGAAUCGAUCUUUUCGACAUUUGUUCUACAGGAUGCGGUCAAGCUGGUCGAACGGACGUCUCUCGAUCGAAAGCAAAGGCCGAACGCGGAAAUCAUCGGACUCGGAGUGGGCAUUGCCGCACACGCUUUGAUGAUGGAUGGAGUCCUAGUACAGAUUACAGAGAUCGAUCCGGCCGUCUACCACGCCGCUCACCAAUACUUUGGCUUGCGGAACCCUACCCGACUCGUCCUGGACGAUGGCGCCCGAUCGAUCGAGACCCGAGCAGCUGCCAUAAGGUCGGCAGGUCGUCUUCUGCGACCCCGUGAUCAAACGGAUUAUGUCAUACACGAUUGCUUCACCGGGGGCAGCGUUCCCGCCGAGUUGUUCACGAAGGAGUUCUGGUGGGAUUUGACCAUGACGAUGAAGACGGACGGGGUGCUGGUUGUCAACUUUGCAGGAAUUUUGCAAAGUCGUGCCUCGCAAGCUGUACUGGCGACCCUCCAUGAUGUGUUUCCCCAGUGCCGGGCUUUCCGAGACAGUCGUGGGACUCCACCGAAUGCGACCGGCAAGGAACUGCUCAAUAUGGUCAUCUUCUGCACACUAACGCAUUCGCCUCUGUUGACAUUCCGGCCACCUUCUGCGAGGGAUCUUGAAACCUCGCCCUUCAGGCGAGAGGUCCUCACUACCUUUUUGCCUCACGAAAUACCAGUUGACGAGCUAUUGAGAGAUACCGCUUCUAGCUUCUGGCUUGACGACGGCGCUCGAAAGGAUGGCUGGAAACAUAACGACUACAACGACGAUGACGAAGAUGAUGACGAGGACGAUUACUGCCGUCCGGACGAACCGCAUGCUAGAAGACCGCCGCUCGAUACCGAUCUGAUCCUUCGUCGAGGCCGCGGGAUGGAUCAGCUGGAUCGAUGGCAGGUGGAUAGCGCUAAAGCUACUUGGCUGGCCAUGAGGAACAUCAUGCCUGUAGAAGCAUGGUUGGCUUAUUGACGUGUACAUGGAGUCGAUGUAAUCUGCAUCACCCGCUCAGCAACACUUGUCACCCGUCCGCGGUCUUGAUCGCCGAGCCGA